AUGACGUUCCUAGCUUCUCCCUUAUCUGAACACUCAGCUUCAGCUCAGUCCUCUGCUUUUGCGGAAAUGGACUAUCCAAAACCAGUAAAUGAUAGAGUUUCCCGCAAAAAUUCUCCUUCUAUCACUCCUGCGAUAGGAUUGAAUGAUCUUCCUGAUAGAACAAAACUAUUAAAGGAUGAUUGGCAUUGGAUGGACGGCUACAAGAGAGAACCACAGGUGGCUUUACCAACAUAUACCAAGGCUCUUAUACAUCCACUAUUUGCCUUUGGAACUGCUUCUAUUCGAGGAAUGAAGGCAUUGACACCACAAGUAACAGCCUAUUGGGAAAUAAAAGCUCACGGUUUCAUCUUUGGAACUUCUGUUCAGUUUGGAGUUGGAAAUUUGAGCGCUAGGACGUAUUUGCCAUCUGCCUUCGCCGAUAUUUUGGGAGAAGAUAGGAAUUCUUAUGCUAUUAACCAUCACGGGCAAGCUUUUCAUGGAGGAGUCAGUUUCCCGUUUUGCCGUUCAUUGAGUAAUUCCAAAAACGUUGUUGUUGGAAUGCUGUUUGACGGCCCUACCAGAAGUCUAAGCUAUUUCAUCAAUGGAGUAUAUGCAGGAACACCUUUCACUGAAAUGGAUUUAUCUCAAACUCUCUAUCCAAUGGUUUCAAGUACAGCCCAACAAUCUCAAUAUGAAUUAACUAAUCGUGCUUCAUUGAUGCAUCCGAAGACUCUGUUGAGUUCCUGCUUAACUAAGGUCGCGUCAUACAGGAUAGCGAAUGUGAAUGAUCUUCCUAUUCCUAAAAGCCUGAAAGAUCAGUUACUCUUCAGAAAACGCUAUUCCAUUUAUACUGGAAGAAGAGUCAUAUAUCGCAGUUAUUUCCCAAAAACUCGCGUGGCAUUCAAAUAA